AGUCGGAGCGCGCUCGAAAGGCGUGAACAGCUGCGGGAGCGGACGGCUUUCAGUUGGCGCCGGUGAGGAAGGAGCCCUUGGACCGCAAGACCCCCGAAAGGAUCUUCCCAGACUCCCCGCCGCCGGCCGGCAAGAAUGGCUCUGGCGGUGAACCCCGCGGACGAGCCCCGGGUGUACCAGCAGACGCUUCUGCAGGACGGCCUGCGCGACCUCCUGGAGAACGACAAGCUGGUGGAUUGCGUUCUGAAAAUCAAGGGCAAGGAGUUCCCGUGCCACCGCUUGGUCCUGUGCGCCUGCAGUUCCUACUUCCGCACUCUCUUUCUGUCCGACCUGGACGAAAGCAAAAAACGCGAGGUGGUCGUGGAGGACGUCGAGCCGGGGGUGAUGGGGCUGAUCCUCGAGUACCUGUACACCUCCAGGAUCGACGUGACCGAGCACAACGUCCAGGACAUCUUUGCCGUGGCCAACGUUUACCAGAUCCCGUCCGUUUUCACGGUCUGCGUGUCCUUCCUCCAAAAGCGUCUGAGCCUCAGCAACUGCCUGGCGGUCUUCAGGCUCGGUUUGAUGCUGGACUGCCCCAGGUUGGCCGUCUCGGCCCGCAACUUUGUCUGCGAGCGCUUCCGGCUCGUCUCCCGGGACGAGGAGUUCCUCGGCCUGCGGCCCGGCGAGCUGGCCGCCAUCCUGGCCGAGGACGCCCUGGACGUGGACUCCGAGGAAGCAGUGUUCGAGGCCUUGAUGAAGUGGGUGGCGCGGGACCCGGGCCAACGGGAGAAGGACCUGCCCGGUUUGCUGGACUGCGUUCGUUUGCGUCUGCUGAGCGAGGACUACUGGAGGGACAAGGUGGAGAAGAACAAACUCCUCUCCGACAGCCCCGAGCUGCGAGAGAAGCUCCAGCUGGUCAGGGACGCUCGGGCGGGGAAAAUGCCUCGAGUCGACGCCGAGGGGCGGAAGGAAGACGGCGAGGGGGAGCGGCAAAAUCUCCUCCCCGGGAUCCUCAACGACAACAUGCGCUUCGGAAUGUUCGUCCGCGAGUUGAUCCUGAUGGUCGGCGACGCGGGGGCGGUGGCCUAUGACCCGGCGGGCAACGACUGCUUCGUGGCGGCCGUCUCCGCGCAGGUUCCAAAGAACCACGUCAGCCUGGUCACCAAGGAGAACCAGAUCUUUGUAGCCGGGGGCUUGUUCGUCGACGAGCACAACGAGGAGGAGCCACUCUGCUCUUACUUCCUGCAGUACGACCCGGUCAACGCCGACUGGCUGGCCAUGCCGCCGCUCCCGUCCCCCCGCUUCCUGUUCGGGCUCGGGGAGGCCGAGAACUCCAUCUUUGUCGUUGGGGGGAAAGAAGCGAAGGAGCAAGAGCGCACGCUGGACUCGGUCCUGGUCUACGACAGACAAACUUUCAAAUGGGGCCAGUCAGACCCGCUUCCGCACGCCGUCUACGGACAUGCCACCCUUUCGUCUGACGACACGCUUUAUGUGAUCGGGGGCAAAGGAGACGACAAGAAAUGCUCGAGCAAGAUGCACGCAUAUGACGCUAGGAGGUUCGAAUGGAAGGAACUGGCUUCCAUGAAGACCGCACGCUCAUUAUUCGGCGCGACAGUUCACCAGAACAAAAUCUACGUGGCAGCCGGAGUCACCGACGCAGGGCUGAGCGAUUCCGUGGAGGUGUACGACAUCGCAGCCAACAAGUGGUCCGACUUUGAGCCCUUCCCCCAAGAACGCAGUUCCCUGAACUUAGUGUCUCUGGGCGGCUCACUCUUCGCAGUAGGAGGUUUCGCCAUGAUGCCACUGGAGGACAGCGAGGACAUCGUCCCCAAAGAGAUGAACGACAUCUGGAGGUACAAUGAGACCGAGAACAAGUGGACUGGGAUUUUGAGAGAGAUUCAGUACGCGUCGGGCGCCACUAUUUUGGGGGUCCGACUCAACACGCUGCGACUCGACAAGAUGUAAAAAAAGAAAGAAAGAAAAAAAACAAACACUUCUUUAUUUCUUAACUG